UAAAAUAUUGAAUUCUUUCUAAUUAUUAGCAUAUUUGUAAUUAUUUCAUGGCUUACUGUUUCAUGUAGCGUAACUGACAUUGUUAUAAAAUAAUGAAUUUCAAUGUAAUGAAACAAGAUAUUGAAGAUUUAUUGAAAUUACAUUACCUAGACACACAUAUACGCAUUGACACAUUAGUGUAUGAUUUAAAUACUACUACAUCGCAACUGUUUUCGUAUCCAAAAACCUGCCUGUUGUUGUUGUUGUUAUUUCCUCAUGUAAACCUAGUGGUUUAGUAAUUGACGACAAAAAAAACUAUUACAGUAUUGAAUAAACAACAUCGUAUAAAUGGUUCUUGAUUACUCUAAACAGAUUUCCGUAGUUUCAAGAUUACUUUUUCUUUUUUUUUUUUUAUCUAUUUUAUUAAUUUUAAUAGAUAUAUAAAAAGUAUAACAUAAUAAAAAUAUUAAUUUUGUUUAAAAUUACAUACAUGCAUCGAGCAAUAUUGGAUAUAAACACUUGCGAGAAAGACUAGGGAUCUGUGCGACAUCUGAUGGUUUAACAGAUAACUAGUUGCAAACACUCAUACUCUUAUCAAGUCAUUUUUGUUUAUAUGAUUGUGACUUAAGAAUUGGCGCCAUCAGAUAAUUUAUAAAUAAAUUAAAUCAUUAAUUCAAAUAAAUAGUGUCAAUUGAUAAGGAAUACAUUUAUAAAUUAUGGCUAACAAUGAUAUUGUCGAAAUAGAAAUUCCAGAUAAAGUUUGUGAACAAGUAGGUAUCCUAGCAAGCUGGAUUAAUUCAAAUAAGAUUGGAUUAUGUGCUCAUAAAUCCAUAAAUAAACAUACACAAGAUACAAAAAGUACAUUUACUACAUCUGAUAUUAAAGUACAUAUCCUAAGACCUGAAGUAAUAUUAUUUUCUCCUCCAUUGCGUAAACUUGUUAAUGAAAGUAACGGAGUCUUCUUAUCAAUUUAUAAAAUUAAAUCAUCUUCUUCUGGAGAUAUUUGUCCAGAAUUAUUGAAACACAGCAAGCAAUAUCGUUCUAUUAUAAGAGCGUGUGUUGAAGGUCUACAAGAUAUUGCUGAAAAAUCUUUACCUGAUAACAAAAUAACCGUAGAAAAUUUUCUAACUAUCUUUUAUAACGUAGAAUGUGUAUGGCACUUAACAGAAAUUUUAUAUCUUGAUAAUAUUCCAGGUAAUGUGAUAUUACCACGUUUGUUAGAAUGGAUUCAAUUUCAUUUUCCAUCAAAAGAACUUAAAGCGAUUAAAAUAUUGUCGCAAAAGUGCAUUGCAGCUGAUCUCGAAUAUAUAUACUACUGGGAAGUAAUAAUAGGUUGUGCAUUGCAUGGAAAAAUAGAUUUAGUAUGUGCACUUUUGUCAGUGCAUAGCAAAGCAGAUCACCCAUCUUUUGUAAUAGCAGAAAAUUUAAUUAAAUCCAUGCCUAUAUAUAAUGUUUAUGGUGGUUAUUCAGUGAGUGAAUUUACAGUACGUUGGAAACAUUGGCAAUUAGAUUUAUCUUCAAAUAUCGAUAGCAAAACUUUCGCUAUUGAUAUCAACUUAGAAAUGCUUAUGAAGUUAAUAGCUGGGGAUGAAUCUACACUAUGUGAAUUUUCAAAAUAUACAGAGGCCUGGUAUGAAUUAUUGGCUGCAAAAUUAUUUUACUCUGUACCAUGUUGUAAACAAGUUGAAUUUUCACGACAUGCAUAUAACAUGGCAGAAAGAUGGAAAGCAAAUAAACCUUUGGAUCGUAUUAUUUUGGCUUUAAUAGAAAACGAUCUUCAUCAAGUAAUUAAAGAAAUUCAAUUUAUGAAUGAUAAUGGAUGGUUUGCAGCUCAUUUGAUAGAUUUACUUUAUAAUUGUGGAAAAUUAAAUGUUAUGGAUAAACAUCAAAAGGAUAUUACCGCACAGUUACAUGAAUCCCUCAUUUUAGAGUAUGCUACCACUUUAAUGGGCCAUCAUUCCUUAUGGCAAUGUGGUGCAAGCUAUUUAAUGCAUUGCCCUAUUCAGGGUUUAGCUAGAUUAGAACUAUUAUUAGAAUCAUUACCUAUGGGAUCAGAAGCAAGGGUAAAUAAAAUUAUUGAUAUUGCACGUGGUAGUAAUUUGAAUCACAUCGUUACUAGCAUAUGCAAAAUCCAAGGUAUGAAAUGCAUUAAACAAAGACGACUUGGGAAUGCAUUGUCAUGGGCAUUAAAAGCCCAAGAUAGUGGUUUCAUAACAUAUAUUGCUAAUCAAUUUUUAAAAUAUUAUGCAGAAAAUGGGGAAUUAGAAUGUCGUGAUUUACUUGAAAACUUGGGACCCUGUAUGUUAGCUAGUGAUAGGCUUACAUUUUUAGGUAAAUAUUGUGAAUUUCAUCAAAUGUAUAGUAUUGGUGAAUUCAAGGAAGCAGCUAGCUUAUUAGUCUCACUGAUAGUUUCUAAUCUUACACCAAAAUAUUUUUGGUCAAUCCUGUUAACGGAUGUUAUUCCACUUUUGGAAAGUGAGGAUGUCAUUUUAUCUUCCAUCGAUUCCCUUGAAUUAUUACGCUGUGUCGAAGCUCAUGGCGAUGAUCCUAAAUUUUCAGAUAAAGUUGAUAUAUUUCGCUUAGCAGUUGCUCGAAAUUUAGCUAGAGCAUUAAAUCUUGAAGGCUGUCAAGCAGAAUAAUCAAAAAACAUAACUUUGUAAAAAUUAAAAAAAAAAUAACUAUUGUAAUUUUGAAAUAAAACUGAAC